AAAUAAAAUAAAAGAAUACAAUACUUUCGCAACUUCACGCAUGUGUGAUGAAUGUGUGAAGCAUGUUUGUAAAUCGAUGUGUUUUCUUUUGAUUGGCUCAACGUGUUACUACGUGUGCGAAACAUAGCAUAGUUUGAUUUAACAAAGUCAUUGAACUGCGAUGAUGACAAUAUAUUCUACUUAGUAAUUAUGAAACAUAAAAAGUGUCUGAUAUACUGGAAAUAUUUCGUGUGGUUACGAACGAAAUAAUUUGUCAGAUAAACAUAUACAUUUUACCUUCGUGAAUUAACACAAAACUAUGAGACCUACUCAGAGAAGACAACAGGGUUUGCAAUACGGCAUUUAUUUGCUGGGCAUGCAAGCUCUAAACUAUGGCAUUGAUAAAAUUCCACCAGUUACUUUAAUUACAAUUAUUGCACAGGUUUUAUUGUAUGUUGGUUUAAUAAAAGUUCCAUGGAAUGCGGAAGAAGUAUGCAUAUCAGCAGUAAAAAUAUUUAAAUAUCGUGAUUGGAAUUCUUUCUUAAUGUCAAAUUUUGAACAUGGUUCAGACAUGCACUUGUAUUACAACAUGGUAUCUUUAAUCUUGAAAGGUUCAUAUUUAGAACCUAUGUAUGGAACGAUAAAUUUCGUUAUUUUAUUAGCUAUUCUUUCAUGUGGAUGCAGUGCUAUGUACGUAGGAUUAGGAUAUGCUUUAAUGCAAUUAACUGGAGAUUAUGGAUAUUACACGCAAUGCGCUAUUGGAUUCUCUGCUAUUUUAUUUGCAUUAAAAGUAAUUGUAGUUUGUGAGGAAUAUGAUAGAAUUCAAGAUGUUGGAGGGCUCAGAGUUUCUAGUAAAAUUGCUGUCUGGGUUGAAUUGAUUUUAAUUCAUCUUUUAGUUCCACAAUCUUCAUUUAUAGGACAUUUAGGGGGUAUUUUAGUUGGUUGUAUAUAUUGUUAUACUUUUAUUGGUGAAAUGAUUGAUAAUAUAAUAUAUACUGUAACUGGUACUCCUAUUAUACAUGAAGAACAAUUUUAUAGAAGACGCAGUUCAUUAUUUAGGUGAAUUGAAACUAUUAUAAAUUUUAAAUGAUUCGAGAGAUAUUAAUUUAUUAUUACUAGGAACUCUGGUAUUUAUC